AUGCCGAAACCUCUGCCGACGACACCGGAUCGGCUUGAGACGCUCCUUGCCGAUGCCCUCCACGCACAAAAGAUCGAUCGGUCGCGCCUUGCGAUCCGCGUGUUUGCACAGAUCAUAGACGAAGACGAUGCUGGCCACGACGCUAUUGUGUACCAAGCGUACGUUCACAAGUACAAGCUAGAGUGCUCGUUCUUGCUCUACAAGGUCGCGCGAGCAACGGCGACUGCAAUGCUCGUGCGAUUUCACGGCGCUCACGAGGCCUAUUUACUAAAGGCUCGCGCCGAGGCCAAGCUGAACAAAUCGGCGGUGUCUGUUGCCUCGAUUGUCGCUGGCCUUGCUCAUAACCCGAUUCACGGCCCCCUUUUACGAGAACUCGAAGAGAGCCGAGAGGUACAACGCCAAACAAACAGUGCCACUGAGCGCAGUAAGCCGCGAGCAACGUUGGAUGGACCGCCUUACGACUUGGACAUCGUCGAUAUCCCCGACACUUUUGUCGGUGUUGAAGCACUCCGGACGGUGCCCAGUCGGUAUGACUUUUAUGGCGCCUUUUCUGCCGACUUAAUUGCGCGUCUCGAUGCUCUUGAAGCAGCUCCAUCACAGCUAUUGCUUUUGCCCAAACCCGAGGUUUCAAAGCUCGCACGGGCGGCGUCACUCGCGCCAAGGAGCACCAACCUCGCCAAGUUCUGCAUGCCCCGCGACUUUAUCCUGAGCUACUACGAAGCAACGGCGAAUGCCGACUCAUCAAUCUACGAACGUGACUGCGGUGUCAUCCUCAGCCGCGCCGUCCACCUGCUGGAAACAUUACCGUUUGAGAUGCAAUGCGCUUUUGUACUCGACAUUGACGAUACGGCGCUUGUGAGCUACGGCUACAUGAAGUCGACCAAGUUCGAGGCGAUUCCUAUGACUCAAUUCAAGUACCUCAUACACGGCUCACCGCCAGCAAAUCCUAUGGUCCUCCGGUUCUACUCCUACUUGAAAUGGAAGGGCAUCAAGGUGGUAUUCGUAUCGGAGCGACCAGAGCGGGUUCGAGACGCGACACUGCGGGCACUUUUUCUUGCUGGCUAUCGCGAAGAUAUGGUCGUUUUGCGCCAACCUUGUGAGCAUCUCAUGUCGACGGCCAACUUCAAGCAGCGAGCGCGCGCAAAGCUCCAGAAAGAGUACAACGUCAUCGGUUGUCUGGGUGAUCAGUUUGGCGACAUCACAGGCAACUACACGGGUGCCCGCUUCAAGCUCCCGAAUUACCUAUAUACGGUCGAGUAGAAGAUAAACACUUCAUUCUCAACCCAGACGCACACUGAGGGCGCCUA